CCCCACUGUAGCUCCACCUAGCCAAGCUGACAUCAACCUGUAAAAAUGCUGCGACUUCCACUGUUCCUGGUGGUGCUGUCCGUGGCCAUGAUGGCCGCCGGCGGCAUCCCUUCCCCCUUCGGCUUCAUCACAUCGGGCUUCCGAAGCCUGGCCGAAUACAAACUGGCCACCACAGCCAAGCUGGCGUCGUACCUCGCGGGAGACCGAGCCGUCAAGGCCACCAUUGACCUGAAGGUUGCCGACGAUCCAGACGCAGGUGCAGAGCAAGCCGCCACCGAAGGACCAGCCGUCGACGUGCCCAUCGCAGUGCUGCAACAAGCGCCACAAGUCAAGCCGCAGGAGCUGUCCUCCGCGCCCGCAUCGGACGAAGAAGCGCACGACUUCAAGAAGCACUUCGCUGCCGGUUACGCGGCUCUGGACUUCGCCAACCAGCUCGAGCAGAAGCGCCUAGCCACUGCCGCUUCGACAAAAACUAAAAACUACGACGCUCCGGUCCUGUCCCUGCCACUGGAGCACUACAAGGACUACGUCACAGCUGGCGAGACCGGCGGAUCGUUGAUGCGAGUCGCCGUCGUGGCGCAGGACGUCCCCAAGCCUUUCUACUCGUCGCAGCCGAACCACGACUCCGCUCAGACGUGGAACCAGCAGGGCGCGUCGCCAGCCCUUCCAGAACAGCAGGUCGAGCAACAACAGCAGCAGCCGCCCACCGAGGGCUCGAGCGCUGGACCGACGCCCACGUUCUCCGGGUACCCCCAAGGACACAUCUUCCCGUAUAGCGGAUGGCCCUCGGCGCAACCCUCCGGCUAUCCCGCCAUGUUCCAACAGUCUUCGUACGAUGUUCCCGCCGACGCACCACCCCAGCCCUCGAAUGGCGACGCCGCUCACCACGCCGGCGAGUCGUCCUCCCCGGCACCGGAACACCACGACGACGUCGUUAUUCCUGGUAGUCAGUUCCCGCAGCUGUCCGAGGCCACGCCCGGCGCCGAGUCCGCUCCGGACACCGCCGAGGCUACGCCGUCCACUCUUUCGCUAGAGAGCGAUGUGUCUGCAGAACAGCAGGGCCCCAGGUACCGUCGCGACGUCGUCUAUGCGGAGGAGGUGAGCUUUCAGGUACCCGGAACGAACCUCACCAUCCAUGGCCAGGACAUCGAGGCUUACUUCCGCUACGUAAAGACCCACGACACAACGGAGUGCUUGGCCAAGAUCUUCUGCACGAUGGCCGCUCAGCCGACCGUGUUCGGCUCGAAGGGCGUCGACAUGACCGAGUUCUUCAGGUCGUACCAGCCGCAGCCCAACCACACGUCGGUCGCCUUCUACAAGGAAGCGUCCGCUGCGGGAGCCGCGAACGCCGACUGCGACACCCUCUUCAGCAGGUGCCCCAUGAGCGCGGACCAGAUGAAGGCAGCCUUCAACCAUGACAUGCCUCCUCAAUAAGGACGAUUAGUCAUUUGUACAGUAUAUGGCCUCAUCAUAAUAGUCAAUCGGCCAUUAUUUAAAUAGUUAUAUGACCAACUGUUGUACAUAAGAGCCUCCUUGUGUAUCCCUAUGCUUGUCAAAUAAAAUAGA